GAGUGAGAUUGCGGUCUCUCUCCGGAGGCGUCUGAAACUCGCAGACAAAGACGACGGACGUGUACUGAACUCUGGGAGUUGGAGUACCUGACUAUAGUUUGCAUCGUACCCCCCCCCCCCAACACUACCCCCCAAAAGAAAACUCGAACAAUGUACAGUGAUUGCAACACGGGACGCAAAACUAGUCUCUACUGUAAUAGGCAUGGGAAAAGUUGUUAUAGUUGCAACGUUGUACGUUACAGCAGGGGACGAUGCAACCACUGCAUGUUUCCCAGAAGUGAGCGUGGAUCCGACUGGAAACAAUUUGGCAAGAGAUCAGACAUGUCAAGAGGUGAGCUUUCUGAUGAAGGAGAUACCCCUCCUAGCGAAAGUAUCCACUUGUCUCCAAACUUCGUUACGACAUGUCCACUCUUUAAUGUAAAUUUUUUGCGUGGACCACAUUCCCCUAUUGCCCCGUCACCGCGAUCCAGCAGGUUGUCCAGCGGAUGUUAUUCUCUUGACGCGGACAGCGGACAGAUGACUAAACCCAUAGGCUGCGACAAGUCCACACAGACUCCAAGCCCAGCUUGCCAAGCCAUCCACCAUGCACAGCACGCUUUGGCACAACUACAGCGUUUGCAGAAUCGUGGAGAGGAGAGGAUCCAUCCAGAGAUUUCAGUCCAAGAAAGAGCCGAGUUGAUCCCAAUGGACGUGCCACCUGAGGUAUGGAUCGGUCGGGAGCUAAGGCGAAUUGCAGAUGACUUCACCGUUUACCAUCAGACCGGAAGGGGGAAUGCCAUUCUGGGAGGAGGUGGAAGACUCAGUGUGAGGCAUCCCUUCGGAUAGGUUUGGAUCUCUCCUAAGUGGACUUACUUCAUUUGGAGCAGGCAAGAAACCAGAGACCACCGAAUAACCAGAUCAGACGUCUUUUGCACUGGAUAAGCACACUGUUCAGGCAAAGGAUCAACGGGGUAUGAUUGAUUCCCGCUUCAGUUUUACUUUCCAGAAGUACACCAGCCAAUAUGUAGCUUUAUUACUCAAAACUAGACAGAUGACUGAAGGUUUUGGCAGUUUCAAUGCUUGCUUCUCACCUGACAGAAAUUAAAGCUUUCUUUGUCUUGCAUACGUACUGGCAUCAAAAGUGCGGUAUUCUGAUGGGACAUACAUGAACUCAAUGGCUGAAUCACCCUCAUUCCAUGUCAUUAUACCGCAGUUCAAUGGAAGGCAUCGACCGGCAUGGACCUUUUCGUCAGGUGAUGUUGUCAGAAGGGCUCAGUGGUGGAUUAAUUUUGAGCCCAUGCAUUGUAUUCCACAAAUGUUUCCUGCGGUUAUUGGAACCUGAGCCAACAAAUAUCAUGAACAGCCGUACGUUUCCCCUAAAAUAACCAAAUACAAUCUGAAUUGUUUUUAUAACACGCCCUUUUUUAUAUAACUGAAAAUGAUCCAGUCUUAAGAUGCCUAGAAAUGUAUUGGUUGUAAGUUAUUUUGAACUGACUAUUUAUUAGAUAUAGAACAUCUCAUGUUUUUCUAGAUUGUUUUCCCCAUUCCCUCUUUUCUCCUUCACAUUCCUACCGCACCGCUUCUCUGUAAUCCGUUGCCAGACUGAGCCAGAAUGCACUCUGUCUGCAGUUUUUACUUUCAUGGCAUUUUAUUUCUGCUUAUUAUUUAAUUUGUUCACUUCUUGUAGCGUUUUCAUACAUUGUGUUGGAUGAUCCAGUGUAAAUGUUAAAGAAAUUCCCUAUCCCUGGCUUUCCCCCACCCCACAACAUGCUAAAACAUAUUUGUCUUUUUGCCCUGCAUUUUAAUUUCAUUUUCCUUCCUUGCACUGAUGACUUGCCAAAUACUGAAGGGGAAUUGACAUUCUUAACUGUGCAAUACUGUUGUACAUACUUGCAGGAAUAUUUUACAUCUUUGAAAGUUUGUUAUUUUGGUCAGAUUUUUUUCUUAUAAUAAAUUUGUUGAAAAACUAAAGUUUCUACAUAGCUUUGGCUUGCGUUUAAUCUUCCCUGUAGUUUAUUAGCCCACUGGUGGACAACACUAGCUACCAGAGCAAGGUUCAGAGGUAUUCAGUAGUCAUUGGAAAUGUAGCUUAAUCAAGACACUACAGACAGGUUGGAGGGAAAAAUACAUGAAUGGACCAAGAACUACUAAUCACAAUAACAUGUUUCUAAUUUCUAUUUUGGAUCAAAGUUCUCUUUUUGUUCAGCUACAAAUCCACAAUAUUUUCUAUAUUUUUUCCUAUAUUCUAAAAAUUUAACACUGCAAGAAGAGUUGUAAUCCGAAAACAAAAAGUGUGCAGAUGCUGGAAAGCUAAAAUAGAAACAAAAUUUUGGAAACACUCAGCAGGUCAGACAACAUCUGCAGAGAGAGGAAGAACAAAACUGCUGUUUAAGGUCGAUGACCUUUCAUCAGAAGAAUUGCGUGCCAUUUGAUUGCCCUGCUGUUUAAUCAUUGACUAAUAUGCACUAGCACUUGUUUUUUUUCUGCCUACUGUUUUGUAAUCCUCACCAAUUUAAAAAAAAAUCAUCAAUCUCAGCCUUGACAGCCCCAGCAGCCCCUGUACUUGCAGGGAGAGACUAGCAAAUUCUGCUACUGAAAGAGAUUCCUAGUUUCUCAUUUGGCUGUAAUUAUUAUGCUCCCCUGUUCUCGCAGCAGAUGAUGCAGUUUCUGUGCAUCAAUCCCAUUAAAUCCUUUUAAACGUUUCUAGCCCGUACCUCAACCUUUGAUCCUCAACCCAUUUAUAUAUCAUGCUUCUUAACUCAAGCCACUAAGCUUGCAGCAGCUUAAGCACAUCAAGGUGGUCAUAUCCUUCCUGUUGUGUGAUAACAGAUACUGAAUGUGGCAUUGAAGGGGGCAGGGGUUCUGACCGUAACACACUUCCUUUGAUCUUCUAGCCCUUUUGGAAUUCCAUUAGCCUUAAAGAUACACUUUUGUGUCCUGUCCACUGAUUUUCUUAAUGUUCUGCAGUUCCUAGUUUCAUCUCACUUUAGAAAAUAUAUCUUAUUGCCUACCUGCACUGCACUUUCUCUGUAACCGUAAGACUUUAUUCUGCAUUUUGUUAUUUUCCCUUGUACUACCUCAAUGCACUGUUGUAAUGAAAUGGUCUGUAUGGAUGGAAUGCAAAACAAGCUUUUCACUGUACCUCAGUACAUGUGACAAUAAUAAACCAAUUUACACACAUACACAUCUUUCUUGGGUUCAGAGAACUUGACAUUGUAUUUGACUGACUUUACUGUAUUACUGGGCACUUGCUCAAUGUGUACUUGCCCCACUUUUAAUUUCCUGAUCCAUAUCUCUCCUCACUAUUCCAUUUCAAUCAAUGAUCUCUACAAAUUGGGUGAGCUGCCCUCCUUCAUGGAGGUUGAGGAUCCAGAUCUCUAGGGACAGUGCUUAUUACUUCCCAUCACAAUACCUAUGGUUUAUUUUCAUUCAGACUGUUAGGUUGCAACCAAAUCCCAUACCAAGGCUGAGCACCACUGCCAAUUCUGUGCAGAAUCAUGUUUGCUGAUAACCUCUUGUAUGGAACUUUGUUAUGCUCCUCCUGGAAUUCCACUCAGGUUUUUGUUAAGAUAAAUUCAAUGGAUAAAAGAAGCUGUUCCUAGAUCUUAACCAUCAAUCAACAAUCUAAAUUACACGCAACACUUUCAAUACCUAAAGAAGAAGGGAUCAUCUCAGAAGACAUUUCCUUCCAAAAGAUGAAUGGAUGUGUAAAAGAAUCUGUUGGCCCUUGAGUAGGUUUUUUAUUUCAUGGACAGUUGUCUCCACAUCGCAUUGUUCAAGUGGAACACUGUCAUCCAUGUGUUAUUUACUUGAAAAUGGGUUUCAAUGUGUUUUUGAACAAAGCCAUUAUUCAUUAUUAAUAUUUUAAAAAGCUUUAAAAUGCUAAGUUGGGAACUGGAUAAUUGUGGUGCAAAACUUGUGACCCAAUGUACUUUUUAUUGCAGACAUCAUGUGAGUUUUAUUUCUGUUUAUUUUAAGGUGCAUAACCUUUAAUAUCUCCAGAUUGCCUAUACAGAAACUAUUUUAAACUGCAAAGGGAAACAAAAAUAUUACAGCUUGAAACUGAAUUGGGUUAAAUUUCUUCUGUGUGGGUGGAAAGUACUUUCGGUUCCAAAUCAAUGUUUUUGAAUGCAUUAUAUUGUGGUUUUACUAAAGAAUGCAAUUGGGAUUUGCUCCAAGUAUUCAGUUGAUGCAUUUUUUGCAGUACAGUGUUUUCUUCUUGUAUGUAGGUUGUGUACUGUUGCACUUGCACAAGCAACAAAGUUCUAAUUUUG